CUUGGGGCCAUUACCCCUCUUUAAGGCUGUGCAAGAUCCAGUAGAACACAGGUCGAACUCCGGUCCACACCCGUCAGCGAGGCUUAUAAGCAACAUGACUCGCCUGCUUACUCGGGGCCACCCACGCUCGUUCAAACAUGGUUCGCCUCGACUACCUAGCAGCUUUUGCUGCCACCUUGGUCGGUAGCGCAGCAAUCAACCUCGACAUUACCAGUGAAGAAUCCGUCAAAAAUGCCGCCGCUAUUGCCGCCUCCAACACCAUGUCCUACUACACCGGCAACCAGACCGGGCAAAUCCCAGGAUACAUCAACUCGAGCUGGUGGGAGGGCGGCGCACUCUUCGACACCAUGAUCCAGUAUUGGUAUUUUACCGGCGACGCGUCCAACAACCCCGCCGUCAGCCAGGGACUGUACUUUCAACGCGGCGACAACGACUACAUGCCCUCCAACUGGUCCUCCUACCUCGGCAACGACGACCAGAUGGCCUGGGGCCUGGCGGCCAUGACCGCCGCGGAGCUGGACUUUCCUCAGGGCAAUGACAUGCCCUCCUGGGUGAGUCUCGCGGAACGGGUCUUUGAUAUGCAAGCCGCGCGGUGGGAUACCAAUACCUGUGCUGGCGGUCUCCGGUGGCAGAUCUGGCCGUAUGAAGCCGGAUACACUUACAAGAACGCGGUCAGUAACGGUGGCUUGUUUCAACUGGCUGCUCGGCUGGCCCGGUUCACCAAUAACCAGACGUAUUCGGAUUGGGCCGAGACGAUCUGGGACUGGAGUGUCACUUAUCUGAUUGAUGAGGACAAGUGGACGGUUGCGGACAGUACGCAGACGGAUUCGAAUUGUUCGACGGUUGGGGAGAAUCAGUGGUCGUAUAAUUAUGGGCUGUAUCUGGGCGGUGCGGCGUAUAUGUACAACUAUACGAACGGCGCGACCGCCAAGUGGAAGACCGGACUCGAUGGACUUCUCAACACAACGUUCAGCACGUUCUUUCCUGAGAAAUACGGCGGCGAGAUUAUGUCGGAAGUGCUGUGCGAGCCUAAUGAGGUUUGUAAUGAUGAUGAGCUGACCUUCAAGGGUCUCCUCGCGGGCGACCUUGCCUUUGUGAGCCUUGUGGCGCCGUAUACUGCGUCGGAUAUUCUUCCGCGUCUGCAGGGGUCUGCGGUGGGGGCUGCGAAGCAGUGCACGGGUGGCGAUAGCGGGUCGGUUUGUGGAGUCCGUUGGUAUCAGUCCACCUGGGAUGGAUGGAGUGGUAUGGAGGAGGAAUUAAGUGCAACCAGCAUCUUUACGUCGACUUUGGUAGCAUACAAGGACCAGUCUCCUGCCACGGAGGCCACGGCGACGAACCAGACUGUGUCGGCCAACGGUACUGUGAGUGGUAAUGGCACGACUACUGCCGGUGCAGCUUCGGAAAGCAGUGGGGUUUUGAAGAGCGGCGCCAGUGCUCUUGCGUAUGGACCGGUUGGUCUCAUUGCUGCCAUUGCGGCUGUUACGAUCGCCUGAUCGCCUGAUCGCCUAGUGGUGAUUUCUUUCGGACUUGUAUUACUAUGACCAAAUAGAUGCAUGGCGUCUAACUACAUUGCAUUUCGACUUCGAAACCCAAAUCGGGAUGUGCUCUUAGCAAUUGAUAAGGACCAAUAGCCCCCUGACUUCCAGAAUCGAUCCCGCGUCCCGUUGAGUCGUGCUAAAAUCCGGC